AUGGAAGGCGACUAUUGCGGCCUACCGACUCCGGCCCCUGAGCCCAAUGUUACGGCACUCGCGGCUCCAAGUGAGAAGCCGAGCAGUUGCCAGGAUUCUUGCUGCGAUAGCGACGACACUGAGCACACCCCGGCCCCGGGUCAGAAAACGCCCGCCCCGGAAAAACUGGAUGAUUGCUGCUCUCCUGAAAAAUGUGCGGACAACAAAUCCGAGAAUCAUACCGACGCGCCUGACUGCUGCCGUGGCAAAGUCAGCCCAUGCUGCGACACGUCUUGCCUUGACCGCUUGGCUAUGCGGGAAUGCGAGAUGAGUGCUAUGGCUGCCCCCGGCCCAAACAGUCAGCCAAACACUUGCGGUGGAGCUACCGACCACAAGGCAUGCAACCAACAUAGUCUCUCUGCCCUCGACCGCUACGGCGCUACUCUACAGGCUCUGGGAUGUAUCUGCCGCGCUCUUAUUGCUCUUGGCCAGGAAACCUGCUGUGAAAUUCGCGACCGACAGUCACUGGACGGGAAGCAGUGCUCUAAGAAGUCGUCUGCUCGCUCCUUUCGCAUUUCACUGAAUUCCUGCAGCAACGGCUCAGUCACCAAGGACCAGGCCGCGCAGAACCGUUCUCGCCUGCGAAGGGGCUCUCGUGAAAGCACCAGGUCUGUCGAGAAGGCGUCCGCCCAUGCCUGUGUUGUCGCUUUGUGUUCGAAGGACAAGCCCGCCAAAGAGCCUCCUGUCAAAAGCAAGUGCCCGGAGCCGUGCUGCUCUGAGGACACUCCCACCACGGCUCCAUUAGUUAAGGAUAACUGUGCCAAGUCUUGCUACUCCCUCGAAAAGCCCGAUGUCAGCUGCCCCGGAUCUUGCUGUCCCAGAGACCAGCGUGUCAAAGACAAUAACACCAAGAGCGUUUAUGCGGACCUAUGCUGUUCGAAGGUCGGAUCCGUUGUUGAACCUCUAACUAGUGGGUGUGCAGGGUCUUUUUGUGGAACAGCUAAGAACACGAUUAGCAAACAGCUACCUAACGCCGCCUCCUCUGGCUCUUGCUGUAAGCCACCGAAGCAGGAUAUCGUUAGUUGCGCAGAUUCUCGCUGCACAGAAAAGCAGCCGGCCAACCCCCAAGGCUCUUGCACUGAUGCUUGCUGCUCUUCUGCUGUGCCCGACCCUGGUUUAGAGAUUGAGGAAGCCUCGAUUCAGGCUAUCACCGACAUAGAGAAUCAGAGUACCGGCAAGGAACAUGUUGUCCUCAGCAUUUCUGGCAUGACUUGUACUGGUUGCGAGACAAAGCUUAGCCGAACCUUGGAUACUCUCCCCGCCGUCAAAGACCUGAAAACCAGUCUGGUUCUCUCACGAGCCGAGUUCAACAUUGAUCUGCGCCUUAGCUCAGUUGAGGAAGUCAUGAAACAUCUGGAGCGAACCACUGAAUUUAAGUGCAAAAGAGUCCAGAACCAGGGAUCUAGCCUAGAUCUUAUUGUCCCUGAUGAGCCCUCGAAUUUCAUUAGUCAGACGUGGCCGGACGGAGUUCUCGACAUGGCACCUGUAGACAAGCAGACUGUGCGAGUUGCGUUUGAUCCGAAUAUCGUGGGAGCUCGAGAACUCUCCAAGAUUUGGGGUCCGCCAAUUGAACUUGCUCCUCCACGUGGCGACCCUUCGCUGGAGGCUGGCAGCAAGCAUGUUCGUCAUGUCGGAUACAUGACGCUUCUCUCCGCUGUCUUAACGAUUCCGGUCCUAGUCAUGGCAUGGGCUUCGCUUCCUGACGGGGAGGUGGCAUAUUCAUCGGCUUCACUCACAUUGGCCACGAUUGUUCAAGUUGUCAUAGCAGGGCCUUUCUAUCCUAAGGCCCUGAAGGCUCUCAUUUUCUCGAGGGUUAUCGAGAUGGACCUCUUGAUCGUCUUGAGCACCAGUGCUGCCUACAUAUUCUCGGUGGUCUCCUUUGGGUACCUCAUUGCAGAGCAGCCCCUUUCGACUGGUCAAUUCUUUGAAACGAGCACUCUCUUAGUCACCUUGAUCAUGGUUGGUCGAUGGGUUGCCGCUCUCGCUCGUCAGAGAGCUGUUGAAUCUAUUUCUAUCCGGUCACUUCAGGCAUCGACAGCUAUCCUUGUCGACCAAAAGAGCGGAACGGAACGUGAGAUUGACGCCCGACUUCUUCAAUACGGCGACACCUUCAAAGUUCUCCCUGACACCAGAAUCCCGACAGACGGCACUGUCAUCAAUGGGUCGUCUGAGGUUGACGAGUCUAUGCUCACUGGUGAAUCUAGACCAGUAGAGAAAUAUCCCAAGUCUGUGGUGGUUGCUGGGUCUGUCAAUGGCUCUGGAGUUAUGACUGUUCGACUGAACCGCUUGCCUAGCGAUAACACUAUCAAUGCCAUUGCUGCGAUGGUCGAUGAGGCCAAACUGUCGAAACCUAAGCUGCAGGAUCUCGCAGACCGGGUAGCGUCCUACUUCGUCCCGGUUGUGCUGGCAUUGACAAUCAUCACGUUCGUCAUCUGGGUUGCAGUAGGCAUGACUGUUCGUGGAUAUGAUGGAUCCGAAGCUACAAUUCAGGCCAUCACCUAUGCCAUUACUGUCCUCAUUGUUUCUUGCCCCUGCGCCAUUGGACUGGCUGUUCCUAUGGUCAUUGUGAUUGCCAGCGGAGUCGCGGCGGAAAGAGGUAUCAUCUUCAAGUCAUCAGAUGCUAUUGAAGUGGCUCAUAAGACGUCGCACGUCGUGUUUGACAAGACUGGGACCUUGACUCGGGGAAAGCUUUCUGUCGUAACGACGGAGUGCGCCAACGUGGACAAGCUCCCGCUUCUUCUAGGCCUCAUCGAGAACAACCGACAUCCAGUCUCAGUUUCUGUGGCUGCUCACCUCAAGGAUGCCGGAGUUACGGCUUCGACUGUUCCUGAGCCCAAGAGCCUUACUGGCAAAGGUGUUGAAACCACCUUUGGUGGCCGGAAACUUCGAGCAGGCAAUUCUCGCUGGCUGAAUUUAUCGGAAAAUGAAGUUGUUCAGCCAAUGCUUGCUCAAGGGUACACUGUCUUCUGCUUUACUAUCGACAAUGCGUUACAGGCGGUCUAUGGUCUUGAAGAUGAGCUUCGACCUGACGCUGCGGGAACGAUUGAGACCUUACACAGGCGUGGCGUCUCGGUACAUGUCGUUUCUGGCGACGAUGACGGAGCUGUUCGGUCUUUGGCGUCCAAGCUUAGCAUUCCUGGCGGUCAAGUGCGUUCUCGAAGCUCGCCCGCCGACAAGAAGGACUAUAUCCAGACACUCCUCCGUACUCGCAUAGAUCGUAAGGAACCGGUUGUUGUUUUCUGCGGUGACGGCACGAACGAUGCUGUUGCUCUCGCACAGGCUACGAUUGGCGUCCACAUGAACGAAGGCACAGAUGUCGCGCAAUCCGCCGCGGACGUGGUUCUCAUGCGGCCUUUUCUGGCUGGUAUCCCCACCAUGAUGGACGCCAGUCGGAAAUCUGUCAACCGCAUCAAGUUCAACUUUAUAUGGAGCUUCGUAUACAAUACCUUUGCAGUCCUUCUCGCUGCGGGUGCUUUUGUCAAUGCCAGAAUUCCCCCAGAGUUUGCGGGACUGGGAGAGUUGGUGAGUGUGUUGCCAGUCAUUGCUGCUGCGCUGCUUCUGCGCUGGUCGAAGUUCUAG